AUGGCACCUGCAAAGAAGCUUGUGAUUAACGAUGGUAAAAAAAAAAAAAAGCAGGUCCCGAAAUUCACUCUGGACUGUACCCACCCAGUAGAAGAUGGUAUCAUGGAUGUGGCCAAAUUUGAGCAGUUCCUCCAGGAGCGAAUCAAAGUGAAUGGGAAAGCUGGCAACCUGGGUGGGGGUGUGAUGACCAUCAAGAGAAGCAAAAGCAAGAUCACUGUCACCUCAAAGUUCCCUUUUUCCAAGAGGUACCUGAAAUGCCUCACUAAGAAAUAUCGGAAAAAGAAAAACUUGCGUGACUGGCUGUGUGUGGUCACCACCAACAAGGAAAGUUAUGAGUUGAGAUACUUCCAGAUUAACCAGGAUGAAGAAGAGGAGGGAAAGGAAGAUUAA